UCCAUUUUAAGCAAGUUUAGCCUUAAACAAUAAUAAACUAAAUAUACAUAUAUAUAUAAGUAUAAAUGAAUAUAAAGUUAUAUAACAAUAAUGUAAAAAACAAUAAACGUAAAAAUGAACAAAUGAAAAACCUAUUUUAAUCAGUGAACAGACGAACAACAAACUCAUAAAUUGAUUCUCAAAUAAUUAAUCAGUGCUGUAAAAUCAUAUUCAUGAUUUCUGAACAAAGAAAAAAAAAACAACCAAAAGUACGCAUAUAAUUAUAUAAAAAAAUCUCUUUAAACAAGCACAAAAUGUAAAUAAUAUUAAUAAUAGUAAUAAUAAAUAAUUAUAAUAUUAAAAAAUGGUCAGGCCUUUUCCUUUUUAUAUUGUAUAGCAGUUUAGGUCAUUUAAGCUAAAAUUCACUCGAUAUUUAAAGCAAGAAAUAUGCGCCCAAAAAUGAAAUCAUUCAAAAUUAUUGCAAAGGGCAUACAUUAAAUAUCACACAGGCCUAAAAUGUCAUUCGUUCAAGCGUACACACAAUAGAUUCUGGUUAUGGACAACUGGCAUAUCCUUUCAUAUAAAAUCCCACCUUCUUUACACAUAGAAUUCUCUACUGAAUCCUUUAUCUAUCUAUCUAUCUAUCUAUCUAUCUAUCUAUCUAUCUAUCUAUCUAUCCAUGUAUCUCUGGGGGGAAUCACCUAUAUACAAAUGAAUCAUCAGGCAAAUUCGCCGGCGGUUAUAGCUUUUUGGAAGUCUCUACAUUAUAACUAGUUAUUGAGCUGGUGCAGGAUCUGAGGCCAUUUAUGUGCAGAGGGAAUUCAUCGCUUUUCGCUCAUCAAUAACUCCUUGGCAGUGAACUAUUGGAACGAGUCGAACGCGAGGGGUGAAAUGCGGGUCAGGCUGUCUAACUAAUAUUAAAAUGCGUCCGCAACACUAGAGCAGUGCCGAGUGGGUGGAUGGGGGCGUUUUCAGGCCGGUGGGGGUGGACAAAAAAAAUCCCUAUCACAUCUGUAGGGUCUCCAAGUAAAAUAAAAGACUCGAGAUAAGGCAAAACGUUUCCGAGCAUUUCAUUUGUUAGAGAGUUAUGUCCUUUCUGUUUGUUUGGUUUCGAUAUAUUUAGGGGAAAAUAAAAAAAGAAUAAUAAUUUCGUAUUUUUCUCUGGUGGGUUGAAAAUUUGAUUUGAAAUGUAGGCUCUGUUGCUUAUAUAUAGCUUACAUGGGUUUCUAAAAAGUUUUUUUGUUUCUUUACUGUUUUUCCACUUUGUUUGUUUCGUAUCUGAUCCUGUUUAGAUAGCUAAACUGGAAAGAGAAAUGCAGGGCACGGUCUUGCAGGUUACCGGGCGGUCAUAUGGUAAUAGCGUGCACAAUAAACCCCAAGGAACAAAAGAAACUUAUUUUUCAUCAGUGCUGUCACGUGUCCGCUUUGUGCACAACAUGUUUGAGACGGAAUAUUCAAGUGGGUGCUCCUAUGUUUUCGAGAUUUAAUAGAAUUUGAUAGUAAAAUUAUUUAUCGUUUUUUCCUCUCAUGCCCACUCAUUCUUUUAUGUUCACAAUUUCAUUUACUCAAAGUAUUGGAGUGUUGAAAUAUGAUAUGAAAAAUAUCGAAAAAAUCAGAACUCGUCAAAACACAUUUAACCUCAACGAAGAAAUACACUGAAAUGCAUGAAAUUAAUUCUGUCAUAACGUAAACAGUUUUUGUUGAAUGGAAUAAUGCGUUUAUUGUACAUGUCAUUACGUGUUCAGGAAAUAAAUAAUAAAUCAAAUAAUUAAAUACAUGUGAAUAUAAAUAAAUAAAAACAUUUCCAAAUCGGUCUUUUAAAAGAAUAAAAUAAAAAUAAGUUAAAAAGGAGAAAGUAGCUUGUUGGUCUCACUACUGACUGUCAAGUUUUAUUGCAUAUUCAUUUUCGAGCAACUGAAAAAUAAAUAAUUAAAAAGAAACAAAUUAAAUAAUAAAAAAAACAUUUUGUAUUCUCACGUUAUUUUUUUUAAAGUAAUGACAAACAGUUGUCGCUUAAAACAAUUAUUAUUGUUCUAUUUCCCUAGAUAUUAAUUUUGACCAAAUAUUGUAGAAGCCAAACAGAAACCUCUCUCCAGAAAAUGCUUUAGCUCCUAUUCAAGAUGGUGAAGAGGUCACAGUCUAACCUGACUUACUUUGUACGCUGAAUUUUGUUUCAAACUUCCAAUAGAAGAAAGGCCUAUCAGUAGUCGUCUAUAUGUACCCUGUAGAACCGAAUUUGUGUCCAAAACAUGAAAAUCGCAAAUACGUCUCUACAGGAAUACAUGGGCGACGUAAAAGCCACGAAAGCCACGUUGGGUUUGUAUUCGUCUCGAUCAGAGGCACGUGACUUUGCAUGAAAGUCGUGUGUGCUUACUAUCAUAAGUAGUGGAGUUUGAAUGAACAGAACUACUACAUGAAGACAUAAACAUACUUAGACAAAAUAGUACAGGACGUAGAAGCGAAAAUAUGAUGUAUGCCAUCGCUGUAAACGGCUGAUUUAAAGCUUUUAUAGCUUAAUUAAACACCAAAUCUGCCACAUUUUGUAUUAAGUCGUCGAAUCAUAAGUAAACUGUAUAAAUAGAAUUUCUAACGUAGUUUAACUUGGUUCUAAUAUUUACUGUGUAUAAAUAAUAGGAAUAACGACAUAUAUGAGACUAUGUGCCCAUUAUUCAGUAAAUUUGCUUUGCACUGGGACAGACAGGUGAGAGAUACGUGAAACUAUGCUAGUAGUAAUAAAUUUUUUUGUCUGCACGUUAAGUAACUUACUGUAAUAAAUAGUGUGAUAAAAAAGCACUGUAAUUAUUAGCCGUAGUUUUAGUAUAUUUUAUCCGUUACUUAAGUUUAAAUGUGAUUCGGUUUUGUUUGUUUUUUGCAUUUAAUAAUUAAUAUUAUUAUUUUUUUAAACGUUGUAAUUAGGGAAACUCUUAUAGGUAGCAGCACAUGCACAAGUUAACAGAAACAUCCCUAGGUGCUGUGGCAUGAUCCUAGAAGAUUUGGCCAUUGUGUAUGAGUGUGUGAGAGAGCGAGGAAGGGGGAGAGAGAGGGAGAGAGAGCGAGAGAGAGAGAAAGAGAGAGAGAGAGAGAAAGAGAGAGAGAGGGAUAGAGAGACUGAAAGACUUCGCGGACAAUGGCGGAAAAUUGAAGGUAUAUUUGCGAAAGCUGUGGUUCCUUAUCCGGGGACUACAUCGCCCCAUGCCAUUGGGCCAUCGUAUCACGUGGUAAAAGUAACUUUACAGGGUUGCUCGCUAGUAGGAGGGCUUUAUGGAGCAGAAAAACGACAAAGCUAGAAAAAUUAUUUUCCACUCCAGAAAUUAAUGAUCAUGAGCUCGUAUUUGAUGGACUCUAACUACAUCGAUCCGAAAUUUCCUCCUUGCGAGGAAUAUUCGCAAAAUAGCUACAUUCCCGAACAUAGCCCCGAAUAUUACAGCCGUGCAAGGGACAGUGGCUACCAGCAUCACCACCAGGAGUUAUACCCUCCGCGGGCAAGCUACCAGGAGCGUCAGUAUAACUGUGCAAGCAUCCCUGAGCCUGAUACUCAGAGAGGACAUGGACUGCCUCACGCGGGGCACCUGCUCGGAAAAGGGCAAUCUGCCUCAUGUGAGCCCCCACCGUUACCCCUGUCUCCUGCCACCCCUCCGGCUGCAUCCUCCGCCUGCAAUCAAGCCACCCCGGAGCAUCCCAACAGCUCAGCUUCUGCCAAACAACCCGUAGUGUACCCAUGGAUGAAGAAAAUUCACGUCAGCACCGUGAACUCUAGUUACAAUGGAGCGGAACCCAAGCGGUCUAGAACUGCUUACACUCGCCAGCAAGUCUUAGAAUUGGAGAAGGAAUUCCACUAUAAUCGGUACUUAACACGGCGAAGACGUAUCGAGAUUGCUCAUUCCUUGGUCCUCUCGGAGAGGCAAAUCAAAAUUUGGUUUCAGAACCGCAGGAUGAAGUGGAAAAAAGACCAUAGGCUGCCCAACACCAAAGUCAGAUCCUCUUCCUCCACGGGCAUUUCCUCCGGGUCCAACACAAGCUCAGCGGCUGGCGUUGUGGCGGCAGCUUCCACCACUAACACCAUGUCAGCCUCCGAGGACCUCUCCGGAUCCGAGCGUGGCGAGGAUAUUACAAGGAUAAUCAUUCGAAAUUGCAAAAUAGCAGAGGAAUGCGGAGGAAAACGGAAUCCUCGUUUGGUUGCUUUCGAGCACUUUACAACUCAAACAGCCAGUGCGCCAGGCUAUUGGAGGAGGCCAUCACGUGACUACAUUGUUUACUCUUGUUGGAAAACAAUUAAAGACGGCAGGCAACAUUUCUCCCCUUGUGCUCUGCAGGAGAGCAGUUCUGCGUGGAGACAACAUGCUGAAGAAAAUUCAUCAAAACAUCAUGAAGGCCAUAUGUGGAACUUUCAGAAACUCUCGCAUCAUCCCUAUUCAUCCUCUGCUGGUGUCAACCACUCCACGAAUGAAACGACAAACUCCUUGGACCGGGCGAAUACAACGGAAAGAGACGAGGGGUGCAAACUGUCAACUUCCUGCUUUUCAACCAAGAAGUACCCUUGGAUGAGAGAGACACAUACACCUAUAGGCUUCAGCUCCAUUAACGUCAUGGAAUCAGGUGAUUCCAGGUACAGGAAUGGUGAAGUACAGGAUAGCGGGUGUUCUAACAGUAAACGGGCACGUGCAGCGUUCACCUCCUCCCAGCUGCUCGAACUGGAGAAGGAGUUUCACUUUAGCGCUUACCUGUGCCGCAACCGGAGACUUGAAAUGGCUGCGCUGCUGAAGCUCACUGACCGCCAGAUUAAAAUCUGGUUUCAAAACCGUCGUAUGAAGUACAAAAAAGAUCACAAGGAAAAGUCAAAGUCAUCAUACUCCUACCUGGAAACAGGUAACCAGCCCUUUGUAAUUGGCGGCAGCAGCACAGUGGAUCCCCCAGUGCCAUUAAAAUUCCAAUACCACUAUGAAAGACCAUCAAUGUCUGGAAUGAACUCUGCACAGAGCCACUGGUGAAACUACAGGAAGUCGAACAACCAGAGUCUUCAGCUUUCAGAAUCCAGCUGUCAGAACUAAAAUAGGACAAAAGCAUGAAUGGUGGAAAUGACUGAAUUGAAAAUCUGGAGUGAAAUACAAAUUCUCUGCAAAAUAUGUAUCUGUUCUGUCACUGACCAGAUAUUUCCCCCACUAUAACUCUUUCUGACAUGAUUUAUAUUUAAGGUAAUUGAAGAUUUAUUGCCCCUACAUGAAAAUUUAAGUUCAGUAGCCAAGUUUGUUCUGAACCAGAUUACAUGUUAUCAGCUAGUACAUGGUAAAUCAGAGUUAGUCUCCGCUGUGCAUAAACCGCUGUAGUAAUAUCUUUGCAAAUCGGCAAGAUUUAUUGCACACGGAUGCAGGCUCACUUGUACUAGUUUAUCUCUUGGGCACAGAAAAUACAAUUUAAAAAGGGCAUUCAAGACUUUGAAUGAUCAUUAACAUCCGCUCAACUUUUGUAAGUGCACAACAUAUUUUUAUUGCUCCCAAAAUUAUAUGCUAUUUUUCCCAAGGCAUGUGCUGAAACUUUUAACUUGGAAUGUUGUUGACUGUAAUGGCCAGAAAUGUCCAAAUAUUCAACCCAUGUUGAAUUGCAAUGACUUGUUCUCCUAUUGAGUUUGACUUUACACAAAGGUUUGGUUUCCCUUUUCUUUGAAUCUGAAUUUAUGGUGUGUUGACUGACAAAUGAAUAAAGCAACAAAAGAGGAUUAAUCCACUGUCAAAAUGCUACGUCACUGUCAGAAUCCUUUCUUUGAUAGUGUUUUGAUUUAUUUUUACCUAUUCAUGUAGGCUAAAGUUUGAACUCAACAGAGCUGCAAUGUAAAAUAUGUUUAUAUUUCUAGUUCUUACCACUUUUAUUGUCAUUUGGUCAUAUCGGAUUAAAAGCAUGUGUUUUGAAACUGCAAAGUGGUUGCUCCAAACUAAUUAAAUCCCUCUGGAUAGUUAAUAAAGGUGAUUGUAUUGCAUGCAAAUGACAAUGUCAUUCUGUUGUUUUUCAGAUCUUUGUUAGUUUGGUAAAAACAGCUGAGAACAACUAAGAGUGAAUCUUAAUUUAGCUCUAAAGCGCUUCUACUUUGAUACUUUUUGAAAUAGGCAAUACUGUACUUUGUAUUCUUAAAACAUAACCUUACAUAUAUGCCUUCCUCCGCCUCCGCCUCCCAACCUCGCAACAUUAAUCAUUUAGACAAGGCGCUCUCUCUCCCUCUCGAGCAGCUUCACAAGCGCUCAACCCGCUGGGCCUAAUGACAAGCAGUGCGCUUCUCUUCCAACCUUCCAGCAUGCUCUUCUCCAGUAUGGGAGCUGAAGCAGAGAUUUGAGGAAAACAGAUUUGGUUUUCUGCUUUGCUAAAAACAGAGUCUAUUAUUACAUUUGAGUAAAAUUGGACUACAGCAACAUGAGCGGUGAAGAAGCCAAGGCUUGUGGGCACCGCCCCUGGCAGGGUGGGCGAUAACUCAUUUUGAUUAAUUAUGUUUAAUUAGGACGUCGCCGUGUGUCAUUUUAUAAGCUAAGCACGGAACAGCAAAAUCUACCUUUUCAAAAAUAUUAACUUCAGCUGAAAUUUGAACUAAUUGAGCAAUUUCAGUUUGGCCAAUCUCAGUCAUUCUGCAUACAUCAAUCUACACCCGAUAUAAUUAGUAGCCCAACUUAGUAGCCUUGAGUGGUUCUCAACCCCAUUCCUAGAGGGUCUGAAACCACUGGUUUAACUAAUUUCAGGACUAUCAGCAACAUUGCGCAAUUAAUCAUAGGUUUAACUAUAUUCACAACCUUGUUUCCGUUUAUAGAUUACAAUGCAGCAUCUGUAAUCAAGAGGAUGGAAAUAGCCUUUCAUUCCAUUCAUUCUGAUUAAAGGAACAAAUGAUUCUGUAAUGAAUCGUUGAGGCUAAAUCACACAGCUAAAUAAAUAAUCUGAUACUGUAAUUUGCAGAUAAGUGCGUGAGCAUAUCUUUAUACGAGUGGCCGCGAGAGAAUGGAACACCGUCUGUGCUGUACUGCUGAACUUGCCAUUCAUCACCACGCGGCAGUGUUCCAUAUGCAAAAUAGGAGUUGGCCUCCCGGUGGCCCCUUUAGUGCAACUAAACGGAAUGCUGAGUGCUUUGCUGUAUUUAAACUGGAUCUAACCUAGCAUACCGGCUUCUAAACAGGCAUGUUAAAUGUUAUUAAUAAAUGACUAUAUCUCUAGUACAUGUAUUGCAUUUAUACAAAU